UGAGUUUGGAGCAUCAUGGCUUCCACACAGGUGCUCCUUCUUCAGCUGCUGCUGGUCUCGCUGGCGUCUGCGUCUCAUUACUUCGGGGCGACCACAACCUUCACCUACAAAGGAAGAAACCCUGAUGGAACAUUUAAGGUGGACUUUCAGAACAGGGACACUUUUGACGGCUGUCAGUAUUCCCAUCAGUGGAGCUGUUACAACGGCGACUGUGGCACAGAUGUGGAGUACCAUAGAGGCGUACUCGACAGGAGCACGAACGCACCACGAUAUAACAACCAAUGGUGUGAAACUGAAACUGUGUUGACAAAACAUGUUCCCAGUGAUAAACCUUUCGAAAUGAGGGCAAACAGCUGCUGUUGGAUCCCAGCACAUAAUGAUGUCUAUUGGAGACUAUUGACUCAUGUGGAUUUGGGAACAAGAUCUGACACCGGAGAGCCGAACAGAUCACCAGAUGUUGCCAUUCUGCCUUUUCUACGAGUUCCUGAGAACUGCCCACGGUCAUACAGGCUGAUGGCCUUCGAUCCUGAUGGUGACACAGUCAGAUGCAGAUAUGGAAAUACGGUAGAUUCAGAGUGUAGCGCAUGCUACCAACCUUCAGGCUUCUUCUUAGAUGAGGACUCGUGCACAUUACACUACCGUUACGCCAACGCCGACCCCAGUGUUUAUGGAUUUGAGUUGGUGGUGGAAGACUUCCCACGAUACCCCAUCACGCUGAGUUACUCAGACGGAUCAUUUUCCUCCAAGUCUCCACUGACUGUGGAGAGAAACAGGCAAACCUCCACCCCAGAUCCAUGGACCACCAUGUCUGCAGCUACCACAAUUAGCCAAUGGUGGUAUUGGGGGCAGUCUACUCCAACAACACCAAAUACCCCACCACAUGCCACCACUCCUCCCCUGAGCAAACUACCUUUGCAGUUCUCUUUUCUGGUGGACCCACCUGCUCCCUCAUGUCAGGAAGGAGAGUAUUUGCCAAUGUUUGUGAAUCCAACACCCCAACAUGGAGAUCACAUCCAUGCAGAGGUCAACAAAGAAGUGGAGAUCAGAGUGAAAGCACGAGCUACAUUCUCCACACUACAUGACAUCAUCAUGAGUGGGCCGACGAACAUCAGCAAGCACAGGAGCACGCAUGACGAGUUCGUCAUUAGGUGGACGGCUGUUCCAGAUGACUUGGGAGAGCAUUAUGCAAUCUGCUUUGCUGUUGAAUCAUUCACAGGGUCUUUUGUAACCGCCUCUCAAAGCACAACCCAUCACAGUCACCAUUACCAUCCCACCCCAUCUUCACAGUCAGGCAUCUAUCAAUCUGAGAUGAGGUGUGUUGUGGUCGACGUUACGAAGGAGCAAGUUAAAUCCAAUGUGAUCUGCAGUGAGUCCACAAUGACAGUAGAGGUCGAGAAAUCAUCACUGUCUGGACUCCAUGAGGAUCACCUGCAGCUCAGUGAUCCCACCAACACCGCCUGCAGCCUCAAACGCCACUCAAACAGCACACACGUCAUCGCUGUCAUCCCCCUCAACGCCUGCGGCACUCAACUCGAGGAGGAUGAUGACAACCUCAUUUUCAAGAAUGAAAUCACCACGGUUGACGACCACAGCGACCUGAUCACCAGGAAACAUCUGCUGGAAGUGGAGUUCUACUGCCAGUACCCCAAACGGGGAAAUGUGACACUGGGCUUCACUGCACACAGGAAGAGUGUCACAGUGUGGGAGAAGGGCUUCGGCACGUUCACCUACCAGUUUGAGUUCUUCCAUACCAAUCAUUUCCGAACCAUGAUGGAUCCAAACUCAUACCCUCUGGAGUAUGAUGUAGGGAGCAGGAUCUACAUAGACAUCGAGGCCUCCUCUUCAAUCAACAACACUGAACUGUUUGUGGAGUCCUGCUGGGCUGCACCAUAUGAUAACCCCAACUACCGGCCAACAUACCCCAUCAUUGAAAAUGGGUGUGAAGUGGACGAGACUGUUGAAAUCUAUUCUCCUGACCAUCCGACACAAUUCAAGUUCAGCAUGGAGGCAUUCAAGUUCAUCGGACUGCAUGACCAGGUGUACAUCAGCUGUUCAGUCCUGAUGUGUGAAGCAGGGAACCCCAACACCAGGUGCUCACAGGGAUGCAUCAACUCCACACGGUCGGGCGGUCACCACCAUCACCAUCGCAAGAGAGAGGCUGUCAUCCAGAGUGCAAGCCACUUUGUUUCCCAGGGUCCACUGCGCCUCAGGAGAUCAGCAGAAGACCAGACCAACCUGAAUCUGAACCUGAACCUGGUCUUCAUUGCUGGAUGUCUUCUAGCAGCAGUUGGUAUGAUCAGUGCGGUGGUCAUGUACAAAGCCAAAAUGUCAAAAGUCAAAUACGAACCUUUGCCUGCAUUUGAAACCUAGGACAGUAGCGUGUAUAUACCAGUCCUAUAGUCAUUAUAUCUGAAUUUAUA